UUCUGCUCAGGCGGUGACUUCGGUUGCCACGGUUUCCAUAUUCCGACGCUACCGGGUGUUGUUGACAUGAGAGCUAAUUAGCUUAGCAGAAAAGAUCAUGUGAUGAUAACAGCUUUUUGUUUUUUAUUGUUUUUAUUUACACAUCAUGUGUAUGGGAUGUCUGAUAGUCUAAGUGAGACGAACUAAAGCACAUUUGUGGCAUUUUGACGGUUGGACAAAAAGAAGUCAGCAUGAGUGCAUCUGCCCUGAAAAUAGGAGACCAGCUGAUCCUGGAAGAGGAUUAUGAUGAGAACUACAUUCCGUCUGAACAAGAAAUACAUGAAUAUGCCCGAGAGAUCGGAAUCGACCCUGAGCGGGAGCCAGAGCUCCUGUGGUUGGCUCGAGAGGGCAUUGUUGCCCCUCUACCUGCAGAAUGGAAGCCCUGUCAGGAUGUGACCGGAGAUGUUUACUACUUCAACUUCACCACUGGUCAGUCCACGUGGGACCAUCCAUGUGACGAGCAGUACCGCCGCCUUGUGACUCAGGAGAGGGAGCGCAGUUCAGGCUCUGCUCAUGUCAGGACUGACAAGGAAAAGAAGAAGAAGAAAGAGAAGAAGGAGAAGAAAAAGGAGAAAAAAAAGAGCGAACCAGAUGGUCCGAAAGCACCCGGACCUCUGGGUCCUCUUGCUCCUCUCAGAAGUGUGUGUGACACUGCGGUUCCAGCACUCCGUGGUUCCUUGGGCAGCUCCUCCGGCCCACAACUGAAAACUCCACUAGGGGGCUCCGGGAUGAGCUCCGGGUUGCAUAGGGGACGUCAAGAGGAGCGUCCAUCUCUGGCCCCGCCCACACGUUAUUCCGAUGACGAGGAGGAAGUGCGGGAAAAGAUCUCCAUUCCUCCGAGUUCGCGUGGUACCUCGCGCCUACUACAGAAUCUCCACUUCGACUUGGAUGCUCUGGGAGCAGGACUGCAGUACGAGGACAGUGAGGUGAGCAGAACAGCUCCGGCUGAGGAGAAAACCGAACCAGAGCUUCAAGAUCUUGCACUGUCAGGAGAAAUCAGUGGCAACCCUCCAUCUCCAUCUCAGGACUCACUACGAGGGCGUCGUCUCUCCCCCAAGCAGCUAGGGGGCAGCAGAGAUUGCAGCAGCGCUGACGUUUUCCCUCCAAGUCGGCAGGGUGAGAGUUUUGUCGAAGACGAAUUAAUCCCAUUAGAGGCGGAGACUGAAGAACGAACAGGGAGUGAAGAAGACGAGGUAGAGCUGGAAAGGCAAAGUGAGAGGGAUGAGGAAAUGAUCAAACAGUUGGACAGAGAGACAAAGAGUGACGUGGAGAUGCCGAAAGCAAGGGAUGAGUUGGAGGAGAGCGAAACACCAAACAGCGAUGAGAUAAUGGAGAGAUACAUAGAUCAGGUGUAUUCCGGAGAGGAAGAGGAGCAGAGUGAGAGGGAUGAAGAGCAAACGAGGGAAGAAGGAGAAAACAACUGUGUCAUACGGAAUGAGAUCGUAGAAGAGCAGGAGGAAAUGGAGCUCAGUAAUAGAGUCGGACAGGAGAAAGCGAUAGUGGAGAGACGCAGAAGUAGUUCAGAAGGAAAGAGAGAUGAAGCAGAUGCAGGUAGAAGCGAGGGAGAGGAGAAAACGAGUUUGAAGCACACUGAGGAAGACGAGGGGAACUACAACGAUUCGAAGGCAACAAAGAUGUCUGAGAGCGAGGAUGAAGAGAUCGAACGAUUAGAGAGCACAAGAGAAAACGCUGACACGCUGCUCCAGCAGACAGGCAUGCUGGGAAAAAAACGGCUAUCUCGCUGUGAUCGACUUCCCAGUGAGGUACGCAGUGUGACCUUUGACCCCUCGGCUCAAGCACGCACGCUUUUUAGAUGCCUACGUCACGAUGACACACGUCCUACAAUACCUCGUAUGAGCGUGAGCUGCCUCGCCCCGCAGGGUGCGGCCAGCAAUGCGAGUCUCAGUGACACUAGCGGCCAUGGCGUGUGCCACUCCAGGCGAGGUCGUGCGCCAUUGGGGAAAGCGGGCUUUCAGGAUGGUUUUGGUGUGCUGUCUGAGGUGCUGCAGGAAGUAAGGGAGGAAGUGCAGCGGGAGCAUAGCAGGAAGCUGGAUCAGCUUAAAGAGGAGCAUCGAAACCAGCUGCAGACCAUCAGCGAAAUGCACUUGGAUGAGGAGAGUAAGGAGCGGGAGCGUGUGACGAGAGCACUACAAGAGGAGAGAGCACAACUUCUCACCUCACACACGGCUCAAGUGGAGCAGCUCCGAUUGCAGCUGGACACACAGCUCUAUGAUGUGCGCAGAACACACACUCAGAAGGAAGCCGAAGUGCAGGGGUUGAUUGAAAAACUUGAGCUGAAGACCAAAGAACUCAAAAUUCAAGAUUCAAGACUCCUGGCUCAGGCAGCAGAUUUAGAAAAGAGGCGGAAACAGCUGGACAAGGACGAGAGAGGCUUAGAGACUCUUCCACAUCUCCUGGAAGAGAGAGAGCGUCUUCUUGCCGAUCUGGAGCGAGCGCGACAGGCGAGUGACCGAGAGAAGGAAGAGAGAAUGAGAGAGAGGGAGGAGAUGGAGAGAGAGCGGAAGAGAGAGUGGGAGGAAAAUAGAAGCAUGAAAGAUGAAAGGGAGAGACUGCAGAUCAAAGUGACCCUGCUGCAGGAAAAAUGUGAUCAACUCACACAAAGAGUCCGUGAGUUGGAGCAGAGAGAGAGUGCAGACUGUAAGGAAGAGGAGAAAAAAGAGCAAGAGGACGAGCGAAGGAACAGAGAGAGUGAGGAGUCCCUGCGAGUGGAGGAUCUGGAACCUUCUCCAUCUCAUGGCGCUCACAGCAACAUUGAGGAGCUGCGUGACUUCAUUUCAAGUGAGAAUGUAUCUCUGCAGAGAGCAAGGCAGUUUUUAGACCGCCAUAACGGCAAUCUGAGAGACAGACAGACGAUGCUCAAGGCAGCCCGGACCACCCUUCAGGACCCUGCCCCAGGGGGCGUGGCCCAUUUACUCCCCGAAACCAUCCAGCAGGAGGCGAGUCGCUUGGAAGAGCUGAAACAGACUGUGCAGAAGGGUCACAAGCUACUGAGAAAGAAAGAGGAGAGGCUGAGCCAACUGGAGAACUCGCUGGUCGAGGAGCUGUCCUGUGAUGAUGCGGAGAGGAUGGAGGCAGAGCGAAGAGUCACGUUUGAUGUUACAGAUUCAGAAGCGAGCAGUGUGUACAGUCAAGUCGGAGCAGUUCCAGGGAAGGUGCAGCGUUUAGCUGACUCGCUGCAGCAGAUCUCCAGCCAGCUGAACAUGGUGUUAGGAGCACUGGGAUCUCUGACCCCGAAGGCCUCCUCAUCCACAUCCACAUCCUUACCUCGAACCUCCUCGUUUCCUCCUUCUUCGUCCUGGGCGUGGCCUCCGAACACCGCCUCGUCCUCCGGAGCCAAGCAGAACGGCUUCACACACAGCAGCAUGAACGGAGUCACGGCACUGCAUGGCUCCGAUCUGCUGCUCAACUCCAGCUGGAGAAAUCUCCUCCCAGGGGUUUCCAUGGACACCACCUUUUCCACAAGAGCUCACACGGCGCAUUCUGGAUACAUGCCAACAAGUCUCUCUUCCAUGAUGCAGUCUAAAUCGUCAGAGUUGGACAGACUGAGACUGCAGGGACUAAUUGAGGGCAACAAAAGAUGGCUGGAGACACGACGGAAAGACAUGAAUGUACCUCUGUUAACACGCUACCAGGUUCCCCCAUCUUCAAAUGGUUUGGUCCAACUCAGCUUGGAUGAAAACAAUCAGAUCAGAGUGCACCAUUACUGAAGGGGGGGGGGGGUUCAGUAGACAUUUAUUUGACUGUUAAUGUUAUAUAGGAUUUUUAAAAGCAACAAAUAGUGACACUAAUGAGGUCCUUGAAACACAGAACAUUGUGUGUGUGUGUGAGAGAGAGAGAGAAAUAGAAAGAGAGAGACAGAGAGGGCGUGAGAGAGGGACACAGAGAGAGACGGAGACAGAGAGACGGAGAGGGAGUGAGAGAGAGAGACAG